GUUCGUAACAAGGGGAAUGUUGUUAGAUGGUUACAGUUGUGUACGUCCUGUGAAUUUAUCCUGUAAAAUUGACUGAAUUAUUUGAACAAAUAUGCCAGUCGGUAAGGUGAUGGCAAGUGUUCAUGAAGCUGUGAGGAAUGGUGAUGUCUUAGAGCUCGAGAAUAUGGUGAAGAGAGGAGCCAGCAUCAAUGAAGUCGAUCAGAAGGACAAGUUUACUCCUCUUCAUUGGGCGUGUCAUAGUGGAGCACUCGAGUGUCUUCAUUGGUUGCUCUGGCAUGGGGCUGACCCAACGACUGCCACUCCCCAGGGCUGGACGCCUGCCCAUGUAGCGGCUAUUAGAGGUCAAGAUCAAUGCAUCCAGGCGCUGACCACUAAUGGGGUCAGCAUGACUGCUCGCGACCUUCGAGGUAACACCCCGGCUCAUCUCGCAGCGGCUCAUGGCAAUUCGUUUACAUUAAGCUCCAUACUUAGAGCAGGGACGGAUGUUGAAGGGAAGAACCUUACCACAUGGACAGCUACACACAUAGCAGCAUUCCAUGGACGUCUGGGUUGCCUUCAGUUGCUUGUCAAGUGGGGCGCGAGAACAGAUGAAACGGAUGGCAAUGGAAACAUUCCUGCACACUUAGCAGCCCAAGAGGGUCAUCUACCUUGCCUGAAGUUCCUGGUGAGCAGUGGGUCAUCCAUCACCGAUACACUGGGUGCACGCAACGAUAACGGUGACACGCCCAAGACCCUUGCAUCUCAAUACUACAAACAACACUGUGUGGAUUACAUCAAUGCAGUCGAAUGGGAAAGAGACCAUCCAGAGGACCAAGAAAAUCUGGCCUUCCCUGCUCAUAUGUCUGCUGCUACCGGUGACCUGGGUCAUCUCAGAUUACUCAUAGAACAGGGAGUGGUCAAUAUCAAUGAGAAAGAUGAUAAAGGAUCAACCCCAGCACACAGAGCGGCUGGUAACGGUAAACUAGAAUGUCUUCAGUGGCUGGUAGAGAUGGGAGCAAAUAUUCAUGUUCAGAACAAUGCAGGAGAGACUCCGAUGGAUGUAGCGCAUCGUUUCGCUCAGUUGGCUUGCGUCAAGCUUCUCAAGGGGGAUGAUUCAGAUUCUGAUGUUGAGGUCGUGGGUGGGUAUUCUGAUCCCGAGGAAAGACAAGACAGACUCCUUCAGAAGUCUACCGAUCACGGCCUAGAAGGAGAGAGUAUUGUGCUCUCCCCAAGACAGAGAGAAGAGGCUCGGGGCCGGGCUAUUAAGAGGGUUAAAGAGCUAGAAAGACUUCUUGGCAUCGCUAAGACCAAUUUCCACCAGCUGGGAGGAAGGCUAGAUGAAGAUAGAGAGCAACAAAGAAGGGAGAGAGAAAGUGAUAGGAUGUUAAAGGAGUUAGAAUCCCAGUUAGAGUAUGAGAGGCUGAGGAGGGAGAAACUAGAAUCUCAGCUGGACGAAUGCAGAGCAGAGAUACAACAUCUGAAUACCAUGUUAGAAAGAGCUUCAAAUGUAGCAUAUAGUGAAGAAGAAGCCAAACCAAAGAAGACAAAGAAGAAGAAGAAACGACCAGUGUCAGCAGGGAGCGGAGGGGUGUUUGUAAAACGGACCAUCUCCAAACCACCCCAAAAUCUAGAUCUCUUCUGAGCCCUGCUCACACCAAAUCAGUCUGACGUCUAGACAUGUGCCCUGUUUCACACAAAGUGGAAAAAUCAGUCAAAAAUUUAUUGUAUGUUAGAUCCAACAAUUGAUCAACCAUUCAAUCAAACAAAUCAAUUGUAACUCUGUAAUUCAUGGUAUGAUUGAUGUCAGUCACAAGAUUGAUCGGGGGCGCCACUCCCAUUGACGAGUUGAUACCAUGCGCGACCAUGGGGUCUCGAAAAGCACCCUAAUCACGUAUUUUCCAUAUUCUGAAAAUGCACCCCUUAACAAGUAUUGGCAUGUGAAACCCUACCCUUAACAAGUAUUGGAAACAAAACGAUACUCUUGGCAAGUAUUCCCUGAAUUGAACCCCUAAACAAGCACAGUGAUAUUUUAUUGUUAGGCUAUGUCACGCGUCCGUCGGUCGUCGGUUUUACCUUUACACACCAAUUAGUUUAGUAUGGCCCCACCUUCUACACCUCGCGCAAAUCGGACUCUAAACACGUAGUGUUGGGGUAAAAAGGACAUCCUUUAUAAAACAUUUUAAGUUUGUUUUAUCAUCCCCGCAAAUUUGACCCUAAACACGUAGCUUUCCUAGCGAAAUAGAUACCCUUUUUUACAUUAUUUUUGACACCCUUAUCAUGUUACGUACGUAACGUGCCCUAUCUUGAAAAAGACAUCCUUUUUACAUGUUUUUUUGGUGGCACAUGGUAUGCACUUGCAAUGUAAGUCGCCCCCCCCCCCCCGGGAUGCUGUACGGUUAUAUUGUUUGUAAGUCCUUCAUGAUUUUAUGAGCAACUAGACCAUGUUCUUGGACACCAAAUCUGGAGGCCAUUUCAUAAAGCUGUCCGUAAGUUACGAAUGUCUUUACGCGUGACUGGUGACCCUUUCUUGUGGUACAUGAUAUCCCCUCAAGAAAGGAUCACCGGUCGUUCAUAAAGUAAUUUGUAACUUAUGAACAUCUUAUGAAUGCCCCUCAGAUUCUCAAUGAAUUUAAUUCCAUCAAUUUACUUUGAUAUAAUUAUGAGCUUUGUAGAUUAAUAUUCUUGUCGUUCAAUCAGCAAUUGCAUGUUAAUUUGAUAUUUUGUCAAAAUCUAGUAAGGGUCACAGAAAUCAGUCUCACUCUGUAAAGAGAGCCAGGAAAUUAUGGAGUAUUUCAUUUUGCUCACAAACGUGAUACCAUUGUUUGAUAACUUUCGUUCUGAACAACUUCCUAGAAGCGUCACAUGAAGUCAUAUUCUAGUUAAAAUGUUGACAAAUGAUAAUGAGGUAAUCUCGACAUUUCUGUCCUCUAAAAUUAUUCUUCCUGUUGACCAGGGGCAGAUCUAGCCAGAUAAGACAGAAGAAUUUGGAUGGGCCCACCAUUUUAAAAUUAAAUGGUAAUGUUUCUAUCUAACCCAUCUUUAUCUACCACUGCUUUGACCCCCUAGAUCUAAAAAAAUGUUGAACUUUUGUCAUAACACAUAAUAUGCAGUGGAAUAAUUCCUUGUAAAAAUUUUGCGAACUGCACGUACUGUAUGUGUCUGUAGAUAGACAAAGGCCCAAAUUCAUCAAGGAGGUUUGACUAAAAGAGGGCUACUAAACAAUGGACUAUACAGAUUUGAUGUAUAAUUUUCAAUGCGUACACUGACAAAUUUUCAAUGAUGAAUGCGCGUGUUUUGUUCAAAGGACAUUAAAUUAAGUGCAGUUGUAGUGAAAUAUCUACAUUGGUGGUUUUGCACCUCUUAAUUUUAACCUCUGUGAAUUUGGGCCAAUAUUAUGUCUCUAUAUUUUGUAUAUAUCAUGCUACAUGUAUUUACAAUUCAGAAUAAUGAAUAUAUUUAUUAUAUUGUACAUUGAUGUGAAUUAUUUUAAAUAUUUUAUCAGACCUUGAUAGGGCAGGGGCUCCUUACAGAAAUAGUUGCAAUCAAGCGCAAGUAAAUAAAAAAAUCGAUUGCAACUUGAAUUUAAACCGAUGAAAUACAUUUAUUAUAUGGACUUGCGCUUGAUAUUUUUGUACAUUUAAAUGCAGUUAUUGCUACAACGACCCCCAGUAGAAUUUGAGUAUAUUGUUUAAAUGUAUAGAAUCAUGGAUCAUCUCAUUGUCUAUCAUUUUGUGAAAUAGAAAUUAUUGUUCAUUAGAGAAUGAGAAACAAUGUAGGAAAAGAAGCCAUUUUCAAAUGUAUAUCUUAUUCAAAAGGAAGAGCAAGGUUCAUUGAUUGUUAAUGUUAUACAUGUACUUUUUACAUAUUUGACCCUGCCUGUGUCAUCUUAUAAUGAAUGCAAAUUGAUAUUCUGAUAAUUGGUCAUCGAUAGUAAUGUUUACGAUGUUGAAAUACAAACAUCUCUGUAAUGAAUGGUAAUAGUUAAUAUGCUUAAGCGCAAGUUUCUAUCAGCCAAUCAGAUUGGAGAAUUUCAGUAGCUUUUAACUGUUAUUAGAAAUGUUUUAUGCAAUUGGCCCCUGAGGUAUUAAAGUUAGUAUUAUGCUUACUUUGCCAUUGAUUGGUAACUAAAAUGGAAUCCUGGAGUUUGAUUGGAUGGAAGUUGAGUAUUGUUACCAUGGUAAUUACCAUUGGAAGGCAAAGGUUACAAUCAUAGUAAUUUAUAUGAAAUGGGUCUGUGUUGUGGCUUUUUAAACACUGGUAUAUGAACUGAUGUGAUUUUCUGAUUAUUCUUUCAAGUGGAUUUUUUUUUCUCUUCAGAAUAUUAGAAUGUAUUUUCAUGCAAAAAAAAAAAAAAAAAAAAAAAGCAGUAUGAAUAAAAGCAAAGGAGAAGACUUUUAUAUUCACUGCACUGAUAUUGUCUUGCUUCGUUACGUGUACCAGGUAGUUAUAAAAGAUGGAUUUGAACUUCUUCAAUUUAUGCCA